AUGUCGGAAGCCGAUGCGAGAUUAUCAGAAGACCAGCCACCGUCGCAAGCGCUGCCACCAGACAACUCUGGGAGCUUCACAGAUCAGUCCUACCUCACCUACCUUGUACCGUUAGAGACGGACAUCAACCUCGAGGAGGCUUUCAAGCACUUGGAUCAAGGAAAACCGAUCUUAGAGUCAAUACCGCAACGCGAAACCCUCUUUUUCGAUGAAACAGUGCAAGUCUUGCUCGUCCUCAAGACGCCAUGGGUGGAGGAAAAGGAGCUGCAGUCUAGCCUACAAAGGCUUAUGAUAUCUCUAGCCGCGCACGUCGUCAACAGCCCGGCCGCCGCUAACCGCGAUCCCCCCGCGUCUGAGUCCAUCUACGUCGGCGCUGUGCGCGACAUUGGCGACCCGUUCGUCGUAGUGGACGAGGAGGCGGGCAGCGACACCGACGUGGAGACGGGGACGGCGGCGGUGACGAAGAAGCAAUACCUCUACGCGGUGUGGAAGCUCGCGGUGCCGCUGUCGCGGCCGCGCAUGCGCCUGCACCGGCCGUCCAUCCUUUUUUCCGCCUCAGCAGGGGUCAAGCCUGAGCCGCCCGCCGAGCAGGACGGCAGCGGCGCCGGGCGCACGGCAGGCUACCUGCCGAGCGGCGUGCCGUCGGGCAUCAACCUCCUCGAGUCGUUCGCCGGCGACCCGGCCUUGCACGGGGUGCGGCCGCGGCUCUCGGCCCUGCGCGUGUCGCGCGUCGCGCCCGUCACCCGGCCGCAGGACCUCCUGACGCGGCUGCGCACCCUACCGCAGCUGCAGCUACCCGUCGUCGCGCUGGCCCACGCGCGCAUCCGCUUCGCGCGGGGCGACGGCAGCAGCGGUGCCGAUGCUGGCGCCGACGAUUCCGCACCCGCACUCGCCCUGCCCCUCCGCUGCGUCGCGUACGACCACGUCACGCUCAUGUACGCCAUCCGGCCGCACCGCCUAGACCUCCGCGCCAGGGACCACGACGCCGGCGCUGGCGGUAGCGCGCUGCUACACAUCGCCGUGUCGGCGUCGAUCCGGGUGGCGCAGCGCUGCACGCCUCGCAUCGACAUGGCGUGGACGGCCGGCCUCGACCUCAGCACGCCGCUGAACCCCAGCUUCGGCGCGGCAGCGGAGACGGGCAUCCAGCGCUCCCACCGCCCCGCGCAGCUCUCCAUAGCUAGCGCCGCGUCCCCCUCGGCCGUCACGCCUCUCAAAUCGCCCUCCGACGCGCUGCCCGUGCUCGAGACCCGGUCGCUGGCCAGCAGCGCCGCCGCCGCCGCCGCCGGCACCCCGACCGCCGUCGUCCUCCCCAACCUCGGCAUCACCGUGUCGUUCCGCGCGCCGACCGCCGCCGUCCGCCCCGGCGAGGUCUUCUCCUGGACCGUGCACGUCCUCAACCGCGCGAGCAGCACCGGCGACGACGACGAGGCGGCGGCCAAGAUGGCCGCGCGCAAGCUAGCCCUCGUCGCCAUCCCCAAGCGCCGCCGACACGCAGAGUCGCGCUCUUCGUACGCGGUGCCGCGCCCCUCGUCGAUGGCAUCCGCGCGCCACAGCAACGGCAGCGAGGAGAAGGAGGUGGCCGCGGCCGUCGUGGACGAGAACGUGCUGCACGCGCUGCAGCGCAGCGCCGUGGUGGACGCCGCCGCCGCCGCCGCCGACCUCGUCGUCUGCCUCAGCGCCGACACGCGCGUCGGGCCGCUCGGGCCUGGCGCCUGCCACGUGGUCGAGCUGCAGUUCCUCGCGCUGCGGCCGGGCGUCGCCGGCGUCGAGGCCGUUCGCGUCGUCGACCUCGGCUCCCAGGAGCACGUUGACAUUCGGGAUCUGCCGACGACGGUGAUUGAGCCGCUCGGCGCGUGA